UUUUUUCUUUGCAGUUUUGAAUCUGACAAUGAUAGAUAGUUUAUAAAUAAUCGAGUUAAGAAAGGUCGGUUUUAUAAUUUUCAAGAGGCGUGGCUGUCCGCACUUGGUCGGAUAAAGCAUCCACCGGUCGCCUCCGUUCUUCAGCCGCCCUUCACUUUUACAUGAGAGCCAAACUACCCCGAUCACGCCAUCUACUCCGCACAGAUCGCCGAAACUCCAACAUGCCGGCCAACUCCCCCACCCUUCUCCGCCAAGCCCUAACAUCGUCUUCCCGCCUUCGCAUCCUCAUCUUCCUUUUCAUCGCACUCCUCCUCCUCUACAUCCUUUUUUCCUACAGUUCCCCUCUCUCCCCCACCACCUCCGCGUCCUCUUACUCUUCCUCCUCCUCCUCCACCACCGCUACUACUUCACCUAGUCACCUUCUCUUCGGCAUCGCCGCCUCCACCCACACCUGGUCCCGCCGCCGAGAAUACCUCCGCGCUUGGUGGCGCCCUGGAAUCACCCGCGGCAUCGUCUUUCUCGACUCCAUACCCCCAUUCUUCCCCGAUAAUGAUCGAGGCGUUCCUCCAUUUCGAAUAUCAGCGGACACCUCCCGCUUACCAUAUUCCUUCAAAGGAGGCCAACGAUCCGCCAUACGCGUCGCGCGGAUAGCCAAGGAGCUGUUCGACGCGUUCGAUGGGAAGAUUGCGUACGGUGACGUGAGGUGGAUUGUGCUUGGGGACGAUGAUACUGUGUUCUUCCUCGAAAACCUUGCGGGUACUUUGGCGAAGUAUGAUUGGGAGCAGUGGUACUACGUUGGUAGUUUUUCGGAGAGCGCGGAGCAGAACGCGAAGCAUUCUUUUGAUAUGGCUUUUGGUGGAGGGGGUUUUGCGAUCAGCUAUCCGUUGGCUAGGGUUUUGUCGAAGGUUAUGGAUUCGUGUCUUCUGAGGUACGGGCAUUUGUUUGGGAGCGAUGCUAGGGUUUUUGCUUGCUUGGCAGAGCUUGGAGUGGGACUUACUCGUGAACCUGGGUUUCAUCAGGUUGACCUGCGAGGAGACCUUUUUGGUUUGCUAUCCGCCCAUCCAUUGUCACCUCUGAUAUCCCUCCAUCACCUUGACUCUGUGGAUCCCUUAUUUCCUGCCAAGAACCAUUCAGAAGCCUUGCGUCAUUUGUUGAAAGCUGUAAAUAUUGAUCCAGAAAGGAUUCUUCAGCAAACAGUUUGUUAUGAUCACAAAGAGCUUCGCACCAUCUCUGUUUCUUGGGGUUUUGCAGUUCAGGUAUUUGAAGGUAACGAACUCCUCAAUGACCUUCUGGCCUCGCAAAGGACAUUUAGACCAUGGAAGAGGGGCCGUUCUGCAACUUCAGCCAUUUAUAUGUUCGAUACAAGGGAGUUUCCUAAAGACCCAUGUAAAAGGCCAGCGAUUUUCUUUCUGGAAAGUCUGUAUUCCUCUCUGAGUAGAACUGAAAGCAAUUACAGUAGGCAAACAUCUGGAAAUUGCUUAGGAAGUUCCGUUUCAACUAAGAGACUUCAGCAGAUAACUGUUUCUUCGGAGAAGUCUCAUCUUGAAAUCGGGAAGGCUCUUAGAAGACAUUGCUGUGAUGUUAUAGAUUCUUCUCAUGAAGCAGUCAUGAAUGUUAAGAUCAGGAAAUGUAAAGAUGAUGAGUUGAUUGCUAUGCAUUCUUAAUGGAAGUUUCCCCUAUCAGACUGUACAGGAAAGUUAUUUGAUCCCUUAAGAAGAGGGGGAGAAAUAGCCAAAAGAAAUCUGCUAAUUGAUAUUGAAAAUUUUUAGUGGGACUAAUUUGUUGGAGCUUCAUUACAACACUUCUGACUUGCACUUUGAUGAUUUUCAGAAGAGAUUGCUGAUGCGUGAUGAGGAUGAUCUCCUUUCUAAGUGAACGACAACGUGUUUGUGGAGAUAUUUUUCUUUGAGGUCAUCAUACCGUCCGGAGUCGAAUCAGGAUGUGUCACGUCACCUAGUACACAGGAUCUGUACACAUCAAAAUAAUGAUGUGACGCAUUCUGAUUCGCCUCCAAACGGCGUCCGGUGACCACACAGAAUAAUUUCACAUUCUUGUGAGCUUGGAUGAAAUGUAGAAUUGAUCUGCGAUUGAGAAUGAAAGUUAUAAGCUUAAUGGUGAUGAAAAAGUUUUUGACUGGCAUGAUUAUAUUUAAUGUAUAAUUGAUAUUUUUUA